UGAGAAUCCUUGGGUCACUUGGGUGUUUGUAAACACAGACACGUUGGAAACCAUCCACAUUAUUAUGUGAAUAUUUCUACCAUAAUAGAGGCAAGGAAAAGCUUCAGAUAAUGGAGGUUGAUGACAUUCACUCUCAAGAGCCUAAGCUGGAGAUAGAAGGCAGCAAAAGGGAAGGCACCAAGCGAGGCAGGAAGCCGGGACGAAAAUCCAAGUCUGAUAUGAAGGCUAAACUAGAACGUAGCCGGCAGAGUGCAAGAGAAUGCCGUGCUCGUAAGAAAUUACGUUAUCAGUAUUUGGAGGAGCUGGUAGCUAACAGAGAGAAGGCUGUAUUUGCAUUACAUCGUGAAUUAGACCAGUAUCGUCAGUGGGCGAAGGAUAUCGAUGAGGGAAAAAUUCCUGAAGGCUUAUUGAAAUUGAUUGAAGAGGAAAAGAUUAAAAAAUCUGAAAAUGAAUGAAUGCAAUACCAUGGACAGUUAAUGUAGACUGAAUUUUUAUAUUUUCUUUAAAGCUGCAAUUUUGUGGAGAGCAUAGGUAUCAUUGGUCUUUUAAGUCAUGGUAUUAUACAUUCAAACACGGCAGAUUACUGUCUCCAGUAAUGUUAUAUUCAGCAUAUGGCACUGUGCCAAAAGUGGGCCAGUGCGAGUUUAGAGAGAUUAAUGUAACCCGUACUGUUGUCCUCUCGGCUUGUUCACUUCAUACUACAGUAAUUUAUUUUAAUUACUGAUAUUUUUAAUUUUAUGCUCUACCAAGUAUUUGCAUUAUGUAUAUUAAUUGCAUCACCAUACAGUAUAUCAUAAAAUUCAUGUUCAUUACUUCAUAAACUUUUAUUGUAUGAAUUUUUUUUUACUGUCUUAGCCUAAGUUUGAUUUGUUGGCAAAGUAAAAUCAGUUGUGCUAUUAAAUUCUUUUAAAAUAAAAAAAAAUUGUAAUUUAUAUUACAGUAAUAAAAGUAAAAACAGAAAUAAAUGGUAAUCAUAAUCCAGACAGCUGUUAGGUGUGCAUUUUCAGAAUUAAGGUAACUUUAUUGCCACUGCAAAUUAGACCCUUAUUUUGCCCAUCGAAAAUGUUCUGCACACUUAUUUUUUUUCUUUUUGCAUUUUUUCUGAAUGUACUCUUAUGUAUUACAUGUUGCCCCUUUUGCUUUUAAUUUAAAAAUUUUAUUCAUUCUUUACCAUAUUAUUUUAUGCUUGUCUGCAGACUACAUUACAGUGUAAAAGAUGGUAAUGCAAAAUAUUUUGAAAUAGUGGUACCUUGGGAUACGAACUUAAUUCAUUCCAGAAGGCUGUUAGUUCCAAUACUGAAAGAAUUUGUUCCCAUAAGGAAUAAUGUAAAUUAGAUUAAUCCAUUUGAGACCCGACCCCCCCCCCCCCCCCCCCCCCCCCAAAAAAAAAAAAAUACAUAAUUGUUCGAGUUUUGAGCUGUUCGUAUCCCUAGGGCAUUACCAAAUAUACUAAAGAAAAAAUAGAUUUCUGAACACCCCUGCCUUGGUGGGAAAUGGCUAGUGUGUUAAUAAAAUAAAUAUGAUUCCUACAAAACAUAAUUAAACAAGAAGUAAUUAGUUUCAGCCAUAAGACUAGGUCAAUGGUAAUGUGUGAAAUUUGUGGAUUGUACUAUUGCAUUCAUGGGGGUCAGUCCUAAAUCUGUAGGGGUCAUAGUACCUGAGCAGUGGGUUAGAUCCAAGGAAGGGGAGCACAGGUCCAAUCUUAAAUCAGAGCCCCACACUGGCUACAAGCAGUGCUCUUUAGAAGGGUGUGGAUUUGUGCUGAGACUACUGUUUCAAGCUCGGUCUCCCCUCAAGAGGUGCCUUGAUGCCAGUUUGGAGCUCUUAAUUCAAGAAACGAGUCUCCCCUUUUAAUAGGAUCAAACUUGAUUGCCUCCCAUUCCUCUAGGUGCCACAUAAUAAAUACAGGUCCAUUUUCAAACGAGGAAAGUUGGUUAUUGUAGUAGUAUCCGCAGAAGUUAGUACAAAAUUGUGUUUAAUGUUUUAAAUCAUGUCCACUGUGAAGAUAACAUUAAAGAUGCCAUUACCA